UCCCACCGCCGGUCCUUAGACCCGGGCGCCGCGCCGUGCCGCGCCGAGCUAUGGCGGCGCCGGGGCAGAACCUGGCUGUGGUGGUGCGCCGAGCCGGGGACCUGCGCCUGGAAAACCGUCCAGUUCCGGAACCGGGUCCCAAUGAGGUCCUCCUGCGGAUGCAUUCUGUUGGGAUCUGUGGGUCUGACGUUCACUACUGGCAGCAUGGUCGAAUUGGGGAUUUUGUCAUGAAGGACCCCAUGGUAUUGGGGCACGAAGCUUCUGGGACUGUUGUCAAAGUGGGAUCAGGGGUGACUGGUCUGAAACCAGGUGAUCGAGUGGCCAUUGAGCCUGGUGUCCCAAGAGAAAUGGAUGAGUUCUGCAAAACUGGCCGCUAUAACCUGUCUCCAACCAUCUUCUUCUGCGCGACGCCUCCUGAUAAUGGGAACUUGUGCCGCUACUACAAGCACAGUGCCAGCUACUGCUACAAGCUUCCAGAUAAUGUCACCUUUGAAGAAGGAGCCCUUAUUGAGCCUCUUUCGGUGGGAAUCCAUGCCUGCAAAAGAGCAGGAGUCACUCUGGGAAGCAAAGUCUUUGUGUCUGGCUCUGGACCAAUUGGCCUUGUUAAUGUGCUUGUUGCUAAGAUGAUGGGUGCAGCGGCUGUGGUAAUUACUGAUUUAUCUGCAUCUCGCCUUCAAAAAGCCAAGGAGGUGGGGGCAGAUUUCACCAUUCAGGUGAAGAAUGAGACCCCGAAGGAGGUGGCCUUCAAAGUGGAAAGUCUGCUUGGCUGCAUGCCCGAGAUAACUGUGGAGUGUACAGGAGUGGAAGCCUGCAUCCAGGCUGGCAUUUAUGCCACUCGUUCUGGUGGGACCUUGGUGCUGGUGGGGCUGGGGCCUGAGAUGGUCACUGUGCCCAUCGUGAACGCUGCCGUGCGAGAGGUGGAUAUCCGGGGGAUAUUCCGCUAUUGCAACACGUGGCCUGUGGCAAUUGCGCUGCUCGCAUCCAAGCGGAUCAAUGUCAAGCCUUUGGUUACACACCGUUUUCCCCUGGAAAAGGCUCUUGAGGCAUUUGAGACCACCAAGAGGGGUGAAGGGGUCAAAGUCAUGUUGAAGUGUGACCCCACUGACCACAACCCCUGAGAUGCUGUGGUGACCAGCCCUCUCCCCUGUCACACUGCCUGCCCAGGAUGUGAAGCAUGAGGCCACAGGAGGCUGAUGUAUGGCUGUUGCAUGUUUAUACAGUCACCUUAUGCAGGCACUGCCUUGUAAAGGGUGAAUGGCACUGAGGGAUACACCAUUUGAGUAUUAACAGGUAACUACAAAUGAAGAACCCAUAGGGGAUAGUUUGAAUCAAAAUGCUGCUGUUUGAUUAGGGACUAUGGUUCACAUAGCUGGCUCUCCCCCGGCAGACCCCACGUGCAGAAGAGCCUGGGUGUCUCUGUGUGUAUUGGGCAGAGCUGCCUGUGUCUUUUCAGUCACACCUUCCCUCAGGGACACUCGGGGUCUGUAUCGACCUGCAGAACAAAGCCUGGCUAGCCCACCUCUAUGGGAAGCAUCUGCACAUUCAGGCUGUUCUCUUUAUGCUCUUUGCAGACAGCAACUGUGGGUCCAAAGCUCUGAGCAUUUUUGAAGAAGCUAGUCUGGAGGCCAGCUGGGACUGUAUCUGCUGUGUCAUCCCCCCACAGCAGCUCCCCGCAGGGCAGAAGUGCUGAUCCAGGACAGGCUGCAGUGUGUUUGCAGGGAAACUGCCCUGGCUCUGGCUGGGACCAGAGAGAGCCCUGUCCUUACGUGGUUCCCAAGGAGGGGCUGCUGCUGGGGGACAGAGCUCGCUUUUACCAUGGAGGGGAGUGAAGGUGACGAGUAAGGGAACAGCAUCACUGAAGGGUUUUACCACUGCAAAUGAAUUGUAACUUUUCCCAGAUAUCAGGCCUUCCUGCUGAGCUUGUGAGCCAUGAACAAGGUACUAAUGAGAUAGCAGGUUGCAGAUUAAUCUAAUCUUUGAUUACAGUCAUGUGUUAAUUUUACUACUGAGAGAUCAGUCCCUUUCUUGGGCUCGUGAACUUUCCUCAAUAAAAGCUACCUGCCUGA